GUUCUCCCUUUUGCCACUGGAAUCAGGAGAAUGUUGCAGAGGAAUUGCAUUCCUGGUAACAAGAUAACCCAGCAAGACUCAGACUGCUAACCCAAGGAUCAACUAUUAAGGCUGACCAGAAAAUAACACAGAGAAAAAUGAAAAUUGGUAAGGACUGACAUGGCCGGCUCAAUAGCUUUUCAAGACUUUCCCCCUGGACUACCAACAUGUUUCUUUCCUGUGGUUCCCUGCACCAGAGAGGACCUGAGACAGAUGGGACCGUGUUCAGAAUUCACACAAAAGCUGAAGGAUUUAUGGAUGCGGAUAUACCUCUGGAAUUGGUGUUCCAUUUGCCAGUCAAUUAUCCUUCAUGUCUACCUGGUAUCUCGAUUAACUCUGAACAGUUGACCAGGGCCCAGUGUGUGACUGUGAAAGAGAAGUUACUUGAGCAAGCAGAGAGCCUUUUGUCGGAGCCUAUGGUUCAUGAGCUGGUUCUCUGGAUUCAGCAGAAUCUCAGGCAUAUCCUCAGCCAACCAGAAACUGGCAGUGGCAGUGAAAAGUGUACUUUUUCAACAAGCACGACCAUGGAUGAUGGAUUGUGGAUAACUCUUUUGCAUUUAGAUCACAUGAGAGCAAAGACUAAAUAUGUCAAAACUGUGGAGAAGUGGGCUUCAGAUUUAAGGCUGACAGGAAGACUGAUGUUCAUGGGUGAAAUAAUACUGAUUUUACUACAGGGAGACAGAAACAACCUCAAGGAGUACUUGAUUCUUCAGAAAACCUCCAAAGUAGAUGUGGACUCAAGUGGAAAGAAAUGCAAAGAGAAAAUGAUUAGUGUACUGUUUGAAACAAAAGUACAGACAGAACACAAAAGGUUUCUGGCAUUUGAAGUCAAAGAGUAUUCAGCGUUGGAUGAAUUACAAAAGGAAUUUGAAACUGCAGGACUUAAGAAGCUUUUCUCCGAAUUUGUACUUGCUCUGGUAAAAUGAAAUGGAAGACGGGAAUCUUUUAGUAAAAUAGCAGUGUUUUUUGUUGUUUUUGCAUUGGAUUUGGGGAGUGGUUAAUUGAAAUAGUCAAUUUUAAAGUUUCUCUGAAGCAAAAUGAUAGGCAUCAUUCUAACUUCAGGAACCAAAGCCAGUUCUGUUUUAUGAAAUAUUAAACAUGAAGAAAACUUGUAUAUUCUAAUGUUUGCCAGGAAAGGCUAGGUUCAGUAGAUGAGACAAUAUUUAAAAGAUAAAUUUAAAAAGAUGGUAAAUGAACACUUGUUUUUAUAGACAAUAUUUGUUUGGAACUAUGUAAUUUUCUGGCUAAUUUUCUUGUAAUUAAAUGAUUUUUAAAAAAAGAUUUGUUUUCAUGUUUACUUUUCUUAUGUUUAUAUUUUUAGCAUUUGAUCGCCAUUUUCCCCCAUCCAGCUUAUGUCUAAUGUUUUAAUAAAUGUUAAGAAAAAUAUAACACUGAUUUUUUUAAUGGAAUUGCAUAAAUUGUUUAAAUGCAAAGUUCUAUAGAACAAGAUUUAUAGUUGCUUUUUGAGGGUGUUCUAGAAUAGCAUGAUACUUGCUAGCCUUAGGACUAGAGAUUUGAUUCCAAUUAAAAUUCUUAUUUGAAAAAUUGAACUUCUUGUUUUAUAAGAAGAGAAAUGUUCAUACAGAAUGAACCUGGCUUGCAAGAUGGAGGAAAUUAUAUAAAAAUACUAUUUUUUAUUUCUUAUGAAAUCUGUCAAAACAUAGUGAAACAUAUUUAUCAUGAACUAAUGAGAGAAGCCGUAAGAUAAAACUUGUAUUAAAAUCUGUAAUAAAAAUGUAAGUAGACAUUUGUAUCUCGGAAAGGAUAUUUGUACGCAUGAAGCCACUUGGGCUGCUAAAAUAAGGGGCUGAGUCAUGGAAGAAAGGCCAAGUGAAUCCCUUUGGCUGCCACCUAUGAAGUAUAGUGAUAUCAUUAUAUAAUUAUAACUGAUGGGGGAGGGAAGUGAGGAGAAUGUGGCUGAGCAGUGUUUCCUGACAGUAAUGCUCUGUGGUGAUGUCAGUUCAAUCUGAUUGUCUUAUUUUCAGGUACCUUUGUAAUUUAAUUAUACCUAUCUGUUGAUUAUUUUAUGGGGUUUCUUUAAUGAGGAGAUGUUCAGUUUACUCUCA